GUAAUUGAACUUAUGUUACAUUAAAGGGUAAUUAAAAAGAUAGUAAAGAACAGAGUGUAAACCGUAUAAAUAUGGGUUGGUUGAUCCAUCACCGUCAAGUUCUCAUUCAAAGAUGUUCCCGAAACAUUCCCCGAUCCUGGUGUUUUGCCUUUUCCUGGGCGUUUCCCUGGCGUCCAAGCUACAUAUUCCGAUUAGACCAAACUCCCACAUCCAGGAGUUGCAGGUGGAGAGCAAUGAACUGGCAGCAACCCACUCGGACAUCUCCAACAGGUGCUUCCAGAUCUAUCGACCACUUUUGGAGAACGUUGCGGCGCGUUAUGAGACCAACUUUGAAGCCUGCAUAACGGGCUAUGACAAUUCAACGGCCGUGGUCAAUGAAAAGUACUCAGGUGAUCGCCAGAAUAUCUUAAAGGCUGCCGACAUUGGCUGCGCUAGGCCCAAUUCGUAUUGCACCUGCUGGACAUCGGAGAAACAGGACCUGGACAUCGUGGUCUCACGCCUCGAAUGCGCCUCUAAUAAAUCUGCGGAGAGCUCCAAGACCUUCUACGGCAUUUCGGCCAAUGCCACGGAGAUUGCUGUCAAGAUCAAGGAGGAAUAUCGUGUUUUGGAGUCCCGUAGAGAAAUUUGCGAGAAUAAUGCCGAGCGCACCUAUGUGGAGGACACAGCCGACACCUAUGAGAGGUUGAACAACUGCCUCAAGGGAAUCCCCGACUCAACCAUCCGAACUACCACACCGUACCCAACCACGUUCUAUACCACACGGCUUACAACCACUACAGCGGGAGCAGUUAAUUAUCAAGAGUUAAGACAACGACGUUCAGCAAUGUUUUCCAGAUUCUCACUGCUGGUGGUGGUACUAGCCUUUGGCCUGAUUUCUGCCCUAAGCAUUUCCUCAAAGUUAAAACCCUCUAAGCUGAAGUUGCCAACAAACACGAGGCUUCUUAGACUUCAGCAGCAAACGGACACGUUGGCCGCUCGAGAUCCCUACGCUUCGCAGCUCUGUUUUGGCCACUACAUUCCCAUUCUCAACGGAUUAUCGGCCCAACUCGAGGUGGACUACGCCAAAUGCCAGAAGUACUUCGAUGACAGUAGUGCCGCGGUGAUCGCGUCCUGGAAUAGCACUCUUUAUAAAAUCCAGUUGACUGGUGAACGCGGCUGCAGCACCUUCUUCGACUGCUCAUCCAUUGUGGACUUCGUUUUGUCCUUUGAGUGCUUCGCCAAUGUGGGCGCUGAGCAAUCGAAGACCAUGUACCAAGUGUCGGCAGAUGCCACUGAAGCCGCCUCUGACAUCAAGAUCACCUUACAGACUUUGGAUACACAGAUGAUCAAUUGCCAAAAUAAUGCCGAUAGGCAUUAUGUGGAGGAAACCGCCAGCACCUAUGAAAAACUGAACAGGUGCCUCGGCGGAACUCCUCUGCCACAGGAGACCACUAAAGAUUGGUCUUAUUAUACAACCUGGUACUAAUUAUUACCAUUAAUACCAAUUAUUAUAAAAAUGGAAAAAAAAAAAAAAAUAAAUUAGAUUGUGCCU